UUGUAGCAAUAUCGUUCAAGACGAUCACAGAACCAAACAUCCACCAACAAUCCACUUCGUGUCCUUUGGAUCUACGCGGAGGAGACAUGAAGGCCAGCUCCGGAGCAUUGCUCGCCGUCAUGGCGGUGGCGGCGUUGGCCACGACGGCGCUGGCGAUCGACUACACGGUCGACGACUCCCUCGGCUGGGACACGUACGUCGACUACGAGAAGUGGAUCGCCGACAAAGUCUUCAUGGUCGGCGACACCAUAACGUUCAAGUACGAGCCGUACCACAACGUGCUGGAGGUGACGGAGGCGGACUACGGCAGCUGCGCCACGGGCAGCCCCAUCUCCACCCACUCCGGCGGCAAGACCACCUUCGAGCUCGGCGAGACCGGCACCCGCUACUUCAUCUGCGGCAUCCCCCGCCACUGCACCAACGGCACAAUGCACCUCAAGAUCAGCACCGUGCCGUACGACGCCGCCACCGCCGCCAAGAUGGAAGAAGCAGCGGCCGCAGCCGCCCCUUCUCCGGCCUCGCUCCCCUCCCCUCCCGCUGACACCUACGCCGACGCCAAGGCCGCGCCGGCGGGCGCCCCGACCACCUCCACGUCCGCGGCCGCGUCUGCGUCCGCGCCGCGGUAUCAGCAGCCGGCGGCGGCCUUGGCCGGGCUUGCGAUCGCUGCUCUUGUGGCCAUUGCCGCGUAAGUUGACGAUGAAGCAACAAACGGACGAUUUCUACGGACGCUCUAGUUCGAGCUACCGUUGUACGAUAUGCACGUACGUACGUACGUACACAAGGUGGUAUGAGUAUUCGUUUCGAGGCGUGGUUAACUAUUCUUUCUACCAAAGGUUUUUUGCUUUCUUUCUUGUUUAAGCUUUAUUUACUGGUGUUAAUUCCUUGUACUUGAUGUGUGGAUACAGCUCCCUACUAUGUAACCUCAUUUUGAAGCCGAUCUUCGUAAUAUGCUAGUACUACAUUUAGCAAUUUGAUACUACAUUUUGAUCAGC